UCCAUCUGAUGACCAUUAUUAGUAUUUGGGGAGACUAUUGUUUGCUCCCUUCCUUUGGGGAGUUAUUUUCCCCCCUCUCACGUCUUGCUCCUCCUCCUUUCCCUCCUCCUACUAAGGGGGAGGGGGGAAUGGGAGGCUCCAGAAGAGCCGCAGGACUGGUAGCAAAAGAAGGGAAUUGUUUGAGAGUUCAGUCAUCCAAAAAACCUUCUUCCAUGUGGCUGCCCUGAUUCCAAUGUCCCUUUCUUCCUCUUGCAACAACUUCCUUCUCCUCCUCCUCCUCCUCCUCCCCUGAGCCCUGCAGAAUCUCUCCGCCCCUAAAAUUAUCCCUAAAAUCAACCACCACGAAAAGAAAGUAAGUCCAAAAAUCAAAAACCCCAGACUCUUUUGCUGAGUUCCAGAUCCGGCCUGGAACUUCCCAGCCCCUGGACAUUAGCCUCUUUGUUGCUUCUUCUCAUUUUGUGUAUCUUUGUGUUUCUCCUUCCUGCUCCAUCAGAGAUCUCCGGAAGCCACAGGCCCUGAGGCGGCUUAUGGGAACCCCGCCUGGGUCCUUCUGCCCCAGGCUGCGCUGCACAGGAUGACAAUGACCCCGGGACGGAAGAGACCAACGGCUGCCGUCGCCUGCCUCAUCCUAGCAGCUGCUGGUUGCUUUGCUAAUUUGGGUGAAUCUCUUCAGGUCACUGUCCAACCUGCUUCCGCCGUCCAAAAGUAUGGUGGCUUGGUGAGCCUGGGGUGUGUGGUACAGCCCCUGAAAGUCAACGUUACCUGGAGGCUGAAUGGGAAGGAGCUGGUGGGGUCGGAUGAGGCGCUGGGGAUCCGCAUUGAGCUGGGGAAGCUCAUCAUUAUGGCUCUCAACAAUCACACCGUGGGCCGGUACCAGUGCAUCGCCCGCAUGCCGGAGGGAGUUGUUGCCAGCGUCCCAGCCACAGUGACUUUAGCCAAGAUCAAAGACUUCAAAUUUGAUGGCCAGCAUGUGAUUGAAGUGGAUGAAGGGAACACAGCUGUGAUUGCAUGUGACCUGCCCGAAAGCCACCCCAAAGCCCAGGUGCGCUACAGUGUGAAACAGGAGUGGCUGGAGGCCUCCAGAGACAACUACCUGAUCAUGCCAUCUGGGAACCUUCAGAUAGUCAAUGCCAGCCAGGAGGAUGAAGGAACGUACAAAUGUGCUGCCUACAACCCCGUGACUCAGGAAGUGAAAACCUCCGUCUCCAGUGACAGACUCCGUGUGCGACGCUCCGCAGCAGAGGCCGCGCGGAUAAUCUAUCCCCCGGAGGCUCAGACCAUCAUCGUCACCAAAGGUCAAAGCCUCAUACUGGAAUGUGUGGCUAGCGGGAUCCCGCCUCCCCGGGUCACCUGGGCCAAGAACGGCUCCAGUAUUUCUGGCUACAACAAGACCCGUUUCCUGCUCAGCAACCUACUGAUCGACGCCACCAGCGAGGAAGACUCCGGCACCUACAGCUGCAUGGCUGACAAUGGGGUGGGCGAGGCUGGAGCCGUGUUCAUAUUCUAUAACGUUCAGGUGUUUGAACCUCCCGAGGUCACCAUGGAGCUGUCCCAGCAGAUCAUCCCCUGGGGUCAGAGUGCAAAGUUCACCUGCGAGGUGCGAGGGAACCCCCAGCCCUCGGUCAUGUGGCUGCGCAAUGCCGUGCCUCUCUCUUCCAACCACCGGUUCCGGCUGUCCCGUAAGGCUCUGCGGGUGAUGAGUGUGGGGCCUGAGGAUGACGGGAUAUAUCAGUGCGUGGCAGAGAAUGAAGUUGGCAGUGCACAAGCCAUGGUGCACCUGAGGACUGCCCAGCCUGGAACAACUAUGAAGCCAUGGCGAGACUCCAGGUCAGGCUCAGCUCAGUCCCCCACGCCGCCGUCCAGCGACAAGGCUCUGAAGGAGAAAGCCAUGCUGCAAAGGCCUAAGCCUACUGCACUGGAAGCAUCUCUCCAGUGCGUGACUAACAGAGGGCAGGUGUCUCCGGCCGAGGCUCCCAUCAUCCUCAGUUCUCCCAGGACGUCCAAGACGGACUGCUACGAGCUGGUGUGGAGACCGCGACAUGACGGCAGGGCCCCCAUCCUUUACUACACUGUGAAGCAUCGGAAGCAGAUUAUGAACUCUUCAGCCAACUGGACGGUCAGAGACAUCCCUGCGACUCAGCACCGCCUGACCCUGACCAGGCUGGAUCCUGGCAGCUUGUAUGAGGUGGAGAUGGCAGCUUAUAACUGUGCAGGGGAGGGACAGACAGCCAUGGUGACCUUCAGGACUGGUAAAGGCCGACGACCAAAACCUGACAUUGUCGCCAGUAAAGAGCAGCAGAUCCAAAGGGACGACCCAGGCACUAGCACUCAGAGCAGCAACCCAUUGGACAACAGCCGCCUCUCCCCUCCCGAGGCACCAGACCGUCCUACCAUCUCCACAGCAUCGGAGACUUCUGUGUACGUGACCUGGAUCCCCCGCGGGAAUGGAGGGUUCCCCAUCCAGUCUUUCCGAGUGGAGUACAAGAAACUGAAGAAGUUAGGAGACUGGGUGCUGGCCACCAGCGACAUCCCCCCCUCUCGGCUCUCAGUGGAAAUCACAGGCCUGGAGAAAGGCACCUCCUAUAAGUUCCGCGUCCGGGCACUGAACAUACUUGGGGAGAGCGACCCCAGCACUGCAUCUAAGCCGUAUGUUGUGUCGGGAUACAGUAACCGAGUGUACGAGCGCCCUGUCGCCGGGCCUUACAUCACCUUCACCGAUGCCAUCAACGAGACCACCAUCAUGCUGAAGUGGAUGUACAUCCCAGCCAGUAACAACAACACCCCCAUCCAUGGCUUUUACAUCUACUACCGCCCCACUGACAGUGACAAUGACAGCGACUACAAGAAGGACGUGGUGGAAGGGGACCGGUACUGGCACUCCAUCAGCCACCUGCAGCCAGAGACCUCCUAUGACAUUAAGAUGCAGUGCUUCAACGAGGGCGGCGAGAGCGAGUUCAGCAACGUGAUGAUCUGCGAAACCAAAGCUCGCAAGUCUCUUGGGCUGCCUGGGCGCCUUCCGCCCUCAACGGUGCCCCCACAGCAGCAUCCAGCGCUUAGUGGUGGACACAGCGGGCUGGGGACUGGUGCCAUGGUGGCCCGCUCCAGUGAUCUGCCCUACCUGAUCGUAGGGAUAGUGCUGGGCUCUAUUGUCCUCAUCAUCGUGGCCUUCAUCCCCUUAUGUCUGUGGAGAGCCUGGUCCAAGCAGAAACAAACCAUAGACCUGGGCUUCUCUGGAACGAGGCUGCUGGUGUCCUCCUGCCAGUACACCAUGGUGCCUCUGCGAGGGGUCCCCACUCCUCGAGCCAACGGGCAGCCCUAUGCCAACGGUGUGCACCUGAACGGCAGCUGCCCCUCAGGCGGGACAGGCUACCCGAGCACAAAAUCCCGAGACUACAGUCCAGAUGAAGUUCAGCAGGAUGAGACCAACACCUUACUGCAGGGGAGGGUGCUGCAAAAUGGGACUGUCCAAGGACACUAUCCGACCUCCAGGCUCUCUGAUGCUAGACCAGAAGACAGUUCCUUCCUCUGUAGCCUCCCAAAUGACUCCACCAACCAGCUGCUCCAGCCACAUGAUGAUUGCUGCCAUCUUCAAGAACAACUUGUUGGCCUAUAUCACCCAGUGACAGGAAGCAAGAUGGGAGGCCCCAGCCUGGAAGCCCUGCGAGAUCCCACAUUCCACAGAGGUACCCCUUGCUGCCUUGGCCUGGUGCCAGUCGAAGAAGUAGAGAGGCUAGAUUGCUGCCAGCUCAGAGGAGAACGGUGUCCCCAGAACCCAGCCAUCGCUUGUUUGGGGCAGGACCCAAGGAGGCAUCUGCGCAGCAGCCCUCCAAGGCACAUGCCCUUUGAGACUCCUCCUCCUACCAGUUAGGGACAAAGCUGCCUUUGCAAAAGACUAUUGUUCUAAAGAGAGAGAGACUGGGUAUUUAUUUUUGUAUAACAGCCUUAUUUAUAUAUUUAUGCAUUUGUAAAUAGAUGUAUAUGUGCCUUUUUAUAAUGCUAUUGAGACAGAGGGGAGCCUGUGCAAGGUAACAGGAGGAGACAAGAAACUGGGGCAUCUGCCAGCGAUGGCAUCGGGCUAUUUAUCAGAACACAGCCCGGGAAAGACAGCCUUCUGCUCAACACAAGCACAAGAGACAUCGUAGGACAUUGGGCCAAGCACAGCUGCGAAGAGGAGACUGGUCUAAGGUAUUUUUUUUGCAGCAGGGACUAGGUGAAAAAUGAGAGUGCAGAAAAGAAGGUCCCUUUUUCUCUCCCAGCUGGAAGGGAUCUCCUGGCGACGUGCCCCUCAGCAUGCAUCGAAAUCAUGUACAAUACAUAUUGGCAUCAACAACCCUUCACAUACUCGCCAUCUGUAGUAGCAUAUCUGCAAAGACAAACCCCUGCUUUAACAGCUAAAAUAAAGGCUUUCGUCUUCUCUGUG